AUGCCAGGAAGGAUUAUGCAAAAGUUGUGCCAAAGCCUUGCCGAGAUGUCGUGCUACCUGCCACCGCGCCUCCCUCCCAUCUACCAGCAACCACUGCCGGUGAGGCGGCCGCCCACGUACGCGGCGUCGUGCCAGCCGCUGUGCCGCUCGGCGCGCUGCCUCCCGCAGUGUGCGACCCCCUGGGGGUCCCACCAGCACGUGGCGGGCACUGGCUUCCCGCAGCAGCACUACGCGCCCGAGUGCGCGCCCCGUCUGCGGCGCGCGGCCACCUGCAUCCUGCAGCAACCGUGUGUGACCCGCUGCGUGGCCACCCGCGCGCCGCUGCGGCGCGCGACGCCCUGCGUCCUGCAGCRGAGUGCAACCUCGUGCGUGCCGCAGCAGCCCUGCGUGAGCGAGUGGGUGACCACGUGCAUGGCGCAGCAGCAAAGUGCCACCGAGUAUGCGACCGCCUGCGCCCCCCAGCAGUGUGUGACCAAGCGUGCGACUCCGUGCGUCCUGCAGCAGCAAAGUGCAACCAGGUAUGCGACCACGUGCAUCCCCCAGCAGUGUGUGACCAAGUGUGCGACUCCAUGCAUCCUGCAGCAGCAAAGUGCAACCAACUAUGUGACCACCUGCACCCCCCAGCAGUGUGCAACCAAAUUGGCAACUCCGUGCAUCCUGCAGCAGCAAAGUGCCACCAAGUAUGCGACCACCUGUGCCCCCCAGCAGUGUGUGACCAGGUGUGCAACUCCGUGCAUCCUGCAGCAGCCAAGUGCCACCAAGUAYGCGACCACAUGCAUCCCCCAGCAGCAAUGUCCUAUGAGGUGCACGACCACCUGUAUUCCCCAGCAGUGCUAUGUGACCAAGUGCGUCCCCCAGCAGCAGUGUGCCACCAGGUGCAUCCCCCAGCAGAGCGUGACCACCUACCUGCCGCAGCAGAACGCCACCAGGUGCGUGACCACGUGUGUCCCACAGCAGCGUGCCACCAAGUGGGUCUCGCAGCAGUAUGUGGCCCAGUGCACCCCGUCACAGUGUGCCACCAAGUGUGCCCUGCCGCAGUGUGCCACCAGGUGUGUGACCACCUGCGUCCCRCAGCAGUGUGCCACCAACUGCGUCACCGUUUGCGUUCCGCAGCUGUGUGCGCCCGCUUGUGCCACCAAAUGCCUCCCACAGCAGAGUGCCACCAAGGCCACCCAGCAGCAGAGUGUCACCAAAUGUGCCACCAAGUGCGCCCAGCAGCCAAGUGCCACCAAGGGUGCUCCACAGCAGACUGCCACCAAGUGCACCCAACAGCAGCGUGCCACCACGUGCGUCCCGCAGCAGAAUGCCACCAAGUGUGCCACCAAGUGUGCCCAGCAGCAGUGUGCCACCAAGUAUGUGACCACGUGUGCCUCGCAGCAGUGUCCCACCAAGUGCGUGGCCACGUGUGCCCCGCUGCAGAGUGCCACCAAGGCCGCCCGGCAGCAGGGUGCCACCAACCGUGUGAGCGCUUGUGUCCCGCAGCAAUGUGCCGCCCCGCAGCAGUGCCAGCCUGGUGGYGUGAAGGUUUCCAGCCAUUGCAAGAAGUACUGCUCUGCCCCGAAGUGGCCCUGGUAG